AUCUCAGUUUUGAUCUUCAGGAUGCUGACGGUGUCAUUAUUGAUCCUCUGCAAGCCUUCUUCCUCUCCCUCACCUGUAAAGAUUAUACCUGUGGAUGACCUUCCGGCCACUGCUGAGCUACGGGCUUCUGUUCUCCGCGUUAGUCUGCCAAAGACAUUUAUCAAGUCAUUUCUCAAUCAUCUGCUUCAAGCUGGUGAAGAUGGCGAGAUUACAGCUGAAGAACAGGUACAAAUGCUGCUGGAUGCAAAGCUGCAGUGCCUCCAAAAGGUCUCCAGCGAUGACCCUGCAGUUGGUGUGUGUGUCCCAGAGUGGGAUGGUCUGAUAUGUUGGCCACAAGGCUUUCCUGGGACGCUGACCAAGACACCCUGCCCCGGAUACAUCUAUGACUUCAACCAUGCAGCACAUGCAUACAGGAGGUGUGACUCUAAUGGUUCCUGGGUGCUGGCAGAGAGCUCAAACAAGACCUGGGUCAACUACACUGAAUGCAUCAAAUCCCCAGAGCCCAACAAAAAAAGACAGGUCUUUUUUGAACGGCUGCACAUCAUGUACACAGUCGGCUAUGCAGUUUCUUUCAGCUCUCUUCUAGUGGCCAUCUUUAUUAUCGGAUAUUUCAGACGACUCCACUGCACCAGGAACUACAUUCACAUGCACCUGUUUGUUUCCUUUAUGCUGCGUGCCGCCAGCAUCUUUGUGAAGGAUCACGUGGUGCACACUAGCGCCGGGCUGCAGGAAUUUGAUGCUGUGCUCAUGAAUAACUUCACCAAUGCUGUGGAUGUGGCACCAGUGGACACUUCACAGUAUAUGGGAUGUAAAGUGACCGUUUUGCUGUUCAUCUAUUUCCUGGCUACAAACUACUAUUGGAUCCUGGUGGAGGGCUUGUACCUGCACAGUCUCAUCUUCAUGGCCUUCUUGUCGGACUCCAAAUACCUGUGGGGUUUUACAUUGAUCGGGUGGGGUGUUCCUGCCGUCUUUGUUGCAGCAUGGGCUGUUGUCAGGGCAACACUGGCGGAUGCAAGGUGAU